CCUCUGCAACAAGAGCGCGCAUACAAACACCCAGCCAAAUAACUUUGCGGUGUGUCUAAUCCACUCCAGCCGGAUUUGCGAACAUCGGCUAUUGACUUUGCGCGGAACAGCGAUCGGAGCGGAAAAAAAGAUAAUGCCAAAGAGCACCACAGUGCGUCGUCCUUUGGGGUCCCCUGUCCUCAUCUCAAGGGGAGAGGACGCCGUAGACAACACAAACUCCGAAAGAGACUCCUCAUCCUCGGAUGGUUCUCUCAAGACCUCCUGAUCCAGGGCAGCACUGGUCGCCAUGGCAACGCCGGUGUACAUCCCGGUGGAGUCCAACCAGUCAGUGACGUUCACGUCCGUCUUCAACGCCAGUUGCCGCUUUGACGAGGAGUUCAAGUACAUCCUGCUGCCCGUCUCCUACACGUUUGUUUUCGUGGUGGGCUUGGCGCUCAACGCCACUGCCCUGUGGACCUUCAUCAAGAUGCGCCCAUGGAACCCCAGUACCGUCUUCAUGUUCCACCUGGCGCUCUCUGACUUCCUGUACGUGCUAUCGCUGCCCACGCUCAUCUACUACUACGCCAACCGCAGCCAUUGGCCCUUUGGUGUGGCGGCGUGCAAAAUAGUGCGCUUCCUAUUCUACGCCAACCUCUACUGCAGCAUCCUAUUGCUAACCUGCAUCAGCCUGCACCGCUACAUGGGCAUCUGCCACCCCAUCAAAGCACUCAGCCUGGUCAAACCUCGCCACGCCCACCUGGCGUGCGCCGCCGUGUGGGCGGCGGUGGCGGUCUGCUUGGUGCCCAACUUGGUGUUCGUCACUACAUCCAGGCGAGACAACGACACGUUGUGCCAUGACACCACCAGCCAGGAUUCCUUCGAGGAGUACGUGGACUACAGCUCGGUUGUCAUGACGCUUCUGUUCGGCGUGCCCUUCCUGGUCAUCGUGGCGUGUUACUGCCAAAUGGCGCGCACCUUGUGCCGACCCCGGAGAGGUUUGUUGGCCAACCAGGUGUCGCGGCAGAAGUCCGUCAAGCUCAUCGUGGUGGUGCUGAUCGUCUUCGCCGUCAGCUUUGUGCCCUUCCACGUCACGCGCACCGUCUACUACACGGCCCGCGUGUUGCAGCUGGAUUGCCGCACCCUCAACAUCGUCAACUUCACUUACAAGAUCACAAGGCCGCUCGCCAGCGUCAACAGCUGCAUCGACCCCAUUUUGUACUUCCUGGCCGGCGACCAUUACCGCACCAAGCUGAUUUCUAUGCUGACGGGGAAAAGACAGGCCACCGCGACCCAAGCGCAUGCUCAGGCUGCGGCCAAUAAGAACGCGAGUGUCGCUCUGGUCUACUUGAACUUGGAAGCUAAAGUCAAGCGGGAAGCGCAAAAGAUGUAGAAAUUAGAAUGAUUGUUUUUUGUUUUGCACUGACAGCCAAGUCAAUUCUGCAAUUGACAUCAACUUACAGUUGCUAGCCUAGCAAGGACAAGCUGGAGAAAAUGGAUUGUAAAAAAACUUUCACUGUAGCCUUUGAGUAGAUUGUGUUACUUUUACUGUAUUCAAACGGAAACAGCUUUGAAAUAGUGUCCUUUUCACAUUGGCGCUCAUGUUGCAGGUGUACCUAAUGUUGUGACCUGUGAACUGCAGCUGCCAGCUGCUUUUGUCUUUCACUUGAACAUCUGUUCAUUUGCUCUCUCAACGAGGGGCGCAAACGGGGGUGGAACGUCGACUAUCUGGAACUGACUCCUCCAAACCUCCUACACAUGAUUCCUCUAUUAGCUUUGGGACUUGGAGUCGGUCGGGAAAACAGUGUUGAAGCUUAGUCGGCCAAAAUCUGAAAAUGUCUUUUACGUAAGAAAAUCCACCGUAGUCUUGAUAUGAUGACAUUAAGGCUGCAAAUGUUGUUGUGGUCUUGGCCAUGUUGUUGUUCCGUGAGGGAUGCCUGUCAUGAUUUAUGCUAGUCAUUGGCAUAAAACAUAAAAGAAAAUGUUAAAAACUUGAAGGACAGUUAUUGAGAGUUGAGGCUUAUUUAAAAUGUUGAAAACAAUCCACGUUUUAAAAAUGUAUUUAUUCAUUUUUUAUAUUAUUAUUCACUUUAUUCUGGACUGGACCAUCAAACGUGACCUGUCAAAACAGAUCGAAACAGCUCAGCUGCACCCCCUAGCGGCUUUGUUAUAAAAUACAUUUGUGCGAUCUGAAUGAUCAGUUAAGAAAACUGAGUGUCAAUUUAAAAUGUCGGACCUGUGUAAUCUAGAGUUCAUCAUAGGCUGUGUCUAGACAUUUAUUUGAUAUUUGCUGCGUCUGUCUAAAUAACAAUUGUUGUUAAGUGAGAAAAACAACAUUUUUGACAUUGGAUUGACCAAUUAAGAUCAGCUUUAGCCGACAAACGCGAUACAGUUGUUUUAAUUCCAGAUUUUCUUCAAGGCUCAUCUUUAGAGGCACAUUGGUCUUGAGUAUUAGUAUUUAUUAUUCUGCAAGACGGCGUGAGUGAGAAAAAAAGAUGUGAUGUUCUUAGAUUUCUGCGCUCAAGGACAUGAAGGACUAUUAUGAUCAAAAACUUGAUUCGUGACAUUUGCAGGAGAAAAAAAAACAUGUUUCCUUUUUGUGUCCUUCCACAAGUAUGAGAAAAUAAAUUAGCUGUCGGGAGCACGUGUCACACGUCUAUUCAGCGCAAAUAGCCUCGCCUUUCCGCGCCACACUAUUCACCGCAAAAUACAUUUCCCUCAGCUUUAAAUCCAUUUAGUCGGAGGACCUUCAGAUAUAUUUUCACUUUUUUUACGCUAUAGAAAUGGCAAUAAAUGUCAAUAAUGUUGUGAACUCCAUCAUGAGGGACCUUUUUUUUUUUUACUAUUAUUAAAGUGUUUAGUGAUAAAUGCAUACAUUUGUCUAAAUUUGAUGUAAAAAGAAAUUAUCGCGUGUCUAAUGUCAACUACAAGGUCAAUCUGAUAUUAUGAAUGUAAUUGGAUUUAGUUCACAACAGUCAGUAGUUUGUUACAUUUGUUAAGGGAGAAACGUUUUUCGAUAAAUCUGAUUAGAUUGUAAAUGUAAAUACCGUCCUCUCCAAUAUACUACAUUGUAAUAAAUAAAAAAUCAAUUUGUUGGACUAAAA